UCAGCUUUACCUGUGGUUCUGAAACAAUUAAAUGUUUAUAUUUUUUUACACUGUCCAUAAUUAAAAAUAACUAUGACAAAAAAAACAAGUACGUUAUGCACAUAUAUAUUUUACAUUUGCUUAGUUUAUACGUCCAUCUGCUCGUGGAUACCACCAGUAGAAUCAGCAAGAAUAUUGGCCGUAAACACARUUGGUGGCAGAAGUCAUUGGAAUUACAUAAGUUCUAUACUACGUGUUUUAUCAAAUAAUGGUCAUCAUGUCACUGCGCUUACAUCAUUUCCGGACGGUGAUCGAGCCAACUAUACGGAAGUAGAUAUAUCUGAUACUCAACCAAUAUUUCUAGAAAUGAGUUUCCUUGAUAUAUUUGAUAUGUUCGGAUCUUCAACAAAGAUGAUCAACUAUGUGAGAACUAAUCGUUAUAUGAUAUGUGAUGGAGUGUAUAGAAAUGUUCAGUUAAAUAAAAUAAUGGAAGAAAAAGAAAAUUCCAAAUUCGAUGUAAUCAUGAUUGAAACCAUGGGAUUCGAUUGUGAAAAGUAUUUAGCGCAUAAGUUAAACCUACCAUUGAUUAUUUUAGUUUCUUCACCAAUGGUAACAUUUAUAGAAGAUUCGAUUUUCGGUCACAUUCCAAAUCCAGCGACAGUUUCUCAUUUAUAUGCUGAUUAUGCCAUUCCAGAGACAUUUGUUCAAAGAUUAUCAAACACUGUAUUUUUGGGGUACAGUAUGAUGCUUUUAAGUGUUGACAAAUGGAUAAAAAAGUAUACAGUCAGUAGACCAUAUGAUUGGGUACCAAAUACUGUUCAACCAUCUCUAACAUUUCUGAAUAGUCAUUUUAUAAGUGAUGCUUCGAGACCAUUUCCACAAAACGUUAUACAAGUCGGUGGCAUACAUUUGAAACCUCCAAAGAGUAUACCGAACGACAUAUUAGAAUUUAUUGAAAAUUCUCCACAUGGAGUAAUUUUAAUAUUUGUUAAAUGA